AUGUCGUCUCUGCUAUACCGCAUCGGCUCAUGGAUCAUGGGCGAACCCUCCCCAGGCCCAAGUGGCCCCCACAACCCCUCACUAUUCGACAUUCAGCACGUCCGCCGUUUGCUGCGUCACUUUGUGCCAACCGAACUUGCAGACAUGAUCCUGCACCACGCAGCGUACUACCACGUCCGCACCGCGUGCACAACAGCGCCGCUUUCUGUUUGCGACUCACGGACGCAUCACGCGGACGUUCCUGUACUCAGUAUCGAACUCACGCGACUGGCGGACACGGCCGCGCUGGACAACGUGCUGCGCGUGGAGGCACUCGUGCGUGGGCACGACCAGGGGUGGAGCGGGUAUCCGGAGGACAAGGGCACAGAGCGCAACGCGUGGACGUGGUACAGCAUCGGCUCGGCGGACUCUGCCACACACGAAGAGCGACUCGCAACAAACCUGCAUGCCGUGCCGCAGGUGCAGACGCAUGGGCCGUUCGUGUGGGAGCGUGACUCGGAGGUCGUGGGGCUGCUGAAGACGGAGAGGGUGCUGGAGCUGUGGGCGCAUGCUAGGUACCCUGGAUGGACGAAUCAUGUAGAGUAUGCCGAGAUGUCCAUCAUAUGCUUCCCCUCGUGA